AUGAAUCAUCGAUUAAACUUGGUGUGUGGUAAAAUGUGUGCAAAAUGGGUUGAAUAUCCUGAAAACAAUGUUCGAGCUGACUUUGGCUUAAAUGAUGCUGCAGAAAAUAUAAAAUUGCCUUAUAAGGGAGAUAUUGCUGCUGUUUCAUAUGUGUUUUUGGAAAUUCUUUGA